GUGACUCUCCUCGGCUGGGAUGCAGUGGGAGCUGCUGGGGGUCCGUCCGGCCCGCUACACGGUCCUGCUCCGGGAUUAACGACUAUAACAACUCCUGCGGGGGCUCUAAGCUUCCACCAAACCCUCCACCCCGCUGCGUCUGAGCGGGGACUCUUCUUCUUUAGAGAGGACACAGCAGCUGCCAGAAAAGAGAGGUCUGUCUCUCUCUGUGUCUCUGUCUCUCUGUCUCUGCCUCUCUUCCUGCGUCUGGCCUGGCUCCGGUGGUGGGUGUGCAUGCAUGUGUUCUGCACCGUACGGGCGGAAAAAGCGCCCAAGAUCUGCGGGGAUCAUUUUCCCCAUCAGUAAAGUGGCGCAGACGGAGCCGGAGCGCCGGGUGAGCACGGAGGGGGCCGUGGACGACAGCAGGAUGACUGUCCAGGAAUUCAACACCCUCGUUGCGCUGUACCGGGAGCAGGUCAUAUCGGUCGGGGAGAUCUCAGCCGACUGUCCGUCCCUGCGGGCUCAGAUGCACCACACACGGUCCAAAGGAUGCUCCAUGGCCCGGGCUGCUCACCAGGACCUCGCCGUCAUCUCCGUUUCAGGUCCGGAGGACGGAGAGAUCCACCCUGAGAUCUGCCGGCUCUUCAUCCAGCUGCAGUGCUGCCUGGAGAUGUUCAUAACAGAGAUGCUCAAAUCCAUGUGCCUGCUGGGGGUGCUGCAGCUGCACAGAAAAAGAACAGACUCGGAGCCGAAGCUGGACUUCAGGGUGGAUGAAAGCUCGGACGUUCCCAUCCUGGAAGAACGAUCCUCCUCCCCCAUCGACUUUCUGCAGGAGCAGUGGCUGGUGGGAACUGAUAUUGAAAAUAUAGAGAGUCGGUUGCUCCUGCUGCUACAGGUCCUCAGCUGGAUGUCAGCUGGGCUGGCCUGUUUCUGUGACCGGUACCCCUGGGGCUCCUGGUCUGCCUGCUCCCGGACCUGCAACCACGGUACACAGCACAGACAGAGAGCAUUUCAGCUUGAGGAAUAUUACUGGAAGAGCAGCUGUGAUAGGCUGUGUGUAAAACACGACAUCAGAUCUUGCAACGAGCAGACUUGUCCUAUCAACUGCCUGCUGACAGAGUUCGGGCCCUGGUCUGACUGCUCACCCUGCGCCAAGAAACAGUUUCGGACACGGUCGGUCCAGCGGCCGUCUCAGUUUGGUGGAUCAGCCUGCAGCGAGGAGCUGACAGAGGAGAGGCCCUGUUACCCCUCCACAGAGUGCAAGUUAGCACCCAUCGACUGCAGAGAUGACUUUAAGUGUGAUAAUGGACGCUGCAUCAACUCGACGCUAACAUGCAACAGACAGAACGACUGUGGAGAUAACUCUGAUGAGAGGGACUGUGUCGACUUUAAAAUAGUGUGUCCAGCAGAGAAGAGAGUGGCCCCUGGGGUUGACCUGGUGGGGAAUGGGUUUGAUGCUCUAGCAGAGGAGCCGAGGGGAGCGGUGCUGGACAACAUGUUUAUGGGAGGGAAUUGCAACAUCAGGAGGCCUCAGUCCACUGUGCUCUACCACCGAGUCCCCCACAACUUUGAAAGCUUUGACAUUAAGGUUGGAGUACUGGAGGACUUCAACACCGAACCCCAGCCGCUGCACAGCGAGGUCAUCGAUUUGAAGAUGUCCAGUUCGUCUGGAAACAGCCAACAAGAUAGAGACAGCUUUUUCUUUCCCAUCUUUUUUUUCAGUAGGAAAUUUAGAUCGGGAGUCACCUCUAACAAGGAAGCUUUUGAAGCUUCAAAAAAAACGGACUCCAAGUUUUUCCGGGUGAACCAGGUUCUGCCCGUGUCCACAUUCAAAGUGAGAGACCCGGGGGACCUCGUCCUGUCACAGCCAUUCCUCCAGUUCCUUCACGCUCUUCCUCUUGAGUACAACUAUGCCCUCUACAGAGACAUCUUCCAGCGCUUUGGGACGCACUACUACAGCUCAGGGACACUUGGAGGCCACUAUGACCUGUUGUACCAGUUCAGCCGAGAGGAGCUCACCAGUUCAGGUGAAACAGAAGAGCACAUCAAAGGCUGCCUGGGCCGAGAGACCACCUGGACCAUCAUCCUCUACACAGAACACAGCAGUGUAACCCGAUGCUCUGACAACAGGAUGACUCAGAAAUUUCAAGGCUCGUACAUUCAGUCAGCAGAGAAGUCUUUCUCUAUGGUGAAAGGGGGUCGAACCAGAGAGGCAGCAGCUCUAGCCUGGGAAAGGCAGGGCCCUGCUCCGGACCGAAAAUCCUACAAGGACUGGGCCAAGUCCGUUCUCGAAAACCCUGCCGUGGUCGAAAGCAAGGCCCUUCCCAUCAUAGAUCUGGUUCGGGGGAUUCCAUGUGCUGCCACAAAGAGGAGACACCUGAGGAAGGCCCUGCUGCAGUACCUUGAAGAGUUUGAUACCUGCAAGUGUGCUCCUUGCCCCAACAACGCCAAGCCAGUUCUCUCUGGAACAGAGUGCAAGUGUGUUUGCCAAACAGGCACGUUUGGUGCAAACUGUGAGAAACGAGCUCCAGACUACAAAUCAGAUGAAGUGGAUGGUAACUGGAGCUGCUGGGGGCCGUGGAGUAGCUGUGGAGCCACUAUGAAGAGACAUCGGAGGAGGCGGUGUGAUAACCCCGCCCCCCUCAGAGGAGGCCAACCCUGCCAGGGUCCCGACACAGAUGAGGAUCCGUGUCACAUCUCCAUCUUUGAAAAACAAGAAACCUGUGACAAUGAUGACGACUUCACUGUGGGCUGGAGGGACGAGCUGCCACCUGGAGUGCAGGGCUGUCUGAGGCCACAGAGACCUGCCAACAGUUUCCUCAGGAAAGCAAAGCAAUAUUAUAAAUUUGGUGAGGAUGAGGAGUUCGUGUGCUUCACUGGAUUUGACUUGGAGGGCUUUCAGUUCAUCAACUGCCUUCCUGAUGGGACCUGGAGUGAACCAAGUGGAAAAUGCAUCAGGAAACUGUGCCUUCCUCCUGAAAUCCCUGAUGGCAUGGUGCUGUUCCCCAACAAAAAUGAGUACAAAGUGGGGGAAUCAGUGGGUUUGAACUGUAACGAGGCGGGCCUGGCGCCGCUGCCACGGGGCUCCUACAGAUGCAGCAACAGUCUCGCCUGGGAGCCUCCGUUACCUGCUGACCUACGCUGCACUGAUGAGGAACCGUUUGUUCCCGAUGGUCAAUGCCCUCCAGGACAGAAACUACAGGGCUCUCAAUGUGUCUGUAUUCAACGGGAGAGAUGCCUUUCACAACCGGAGACUCUCUGCAUCCUGAACACAGAUGUCGGCGUCACCGUGCCGAUGUCCCUGUGCUCAUUCCAUGCCGGGCGCUGCCACAAUGAUCCGCUCUUCUUUGUCAGCGAGGGCGUGUGUGAUGCAGCCGAUUCUGCCAAACUGGAGUGGGCCAAGUUCAGAGCCAAAAUGUCCUCUAAGAGCUCUGUUCAGCAGCCCUGCGAUCUUGACACCUGUUACGAGUGGGAGACCUGUACUGCGUCUAAGAAGUGUGAGUGCAGAGCUGCCCGGGACUGCUCCAGAGUUGAAGAGCACAUGUUCUGCAUAAAGCUGACCAGGACCCAGAGGAUUCGCAGCAUCGACCUUUGUUCUAUGGCCGCCCUCAAAUGUGCUAGCUAUCAGUUUGAGAUUCUCAAUGAAGGCGUGUGUCUGACCAGAUGAUCCUUCUAAAGGGUAUCUGUGUGGUUACACUUAACCUCUGACUUUAUCUAACAGUAGAAUGUUUAAAUAAUUGUAGUUAAAAAUAACUAAAUAGUUUAAAAUACACUUCUUCUUUUUCCCUUUCAAUGUGCACUAGAUCCACUCAUUUAGAGACAUUAUAGACCAUAUAUUUUUUUUAAAGAUUACACUAUGUGAUGUCAAAAAAUCAAUAUAUUUGUAAAAAAAAAAAAAGUAGACUGGCAGGUACGUAUUCAAGGUUCCAUACAGCUGGUGCAAUGUUGUGGAAGAUUUUCUUUACACUUAGUCGAAAAAACUCAAAGAUGAGAGGCAGAUAGAAACUUUAUUGCAAUGUCACAGAAUACACAAUAAACCCGAGCUGGACCUGAGACACAACUGAAAAAUUAAACGCAACAUAAAGAUCAGGGUGCAAACUACAGGGGUUCCCCUAAAACCAUGAUUUUUUUGCUAUCUAAAAUAUUGAAAAUAUUCUAUUUUAGCAUUUCUAUUUUUCUGUAUCUUUAUCAUGGAUGAUGCGUAAAAUUAGGCUAUUACUGCUAUUCUGCUAUUCUUGUCACAGCCAUUGAAGCGUAUCAUAAACUUCGCUCUCUUUAACUCAAAGAUCAUAAAAAAAAAAAACUUUCUUAGUCCCACUCAGUUUGUGCAAUGAAUCGCCAUGAACCAUUUAAGAUAAGCACCAGGUAAAACACUGGAAAAGCUUUGUAACGCAAGCAGGACAUACCUUCCAAUCUCAUCUGUGUGAGAGGAGGUUUUCUGCUGUUGAUGAUACUAACAGCAAGGCCUGCUUGAAAACCUCCUCUCAUCUCCUUUACCGCCAGAUGGUCUUUGUCUCCUGUUGUAACUCAAGUCAUGUCAACAUUGUUUCCUAAUGAGGCCUGAACAUAUUUUUUGCAUCCUGUCUUGUGAAUAAAUGAUAUUUACGUCAACAUUCCAUGGUCAUCUAUCUGUAGUUAUGUUUAUGUCAUCAUAUCAUUGAAGGCCAGUUUGUACAGAGAGAAUGUCCUUGGUCACUCCAGCGGUCAGUUGAGUCUAAUUACAAUGUGUAGCACAUAUGUAAUAAUAAAAAUGUCAAAUCAUAA